GGAGCAGCGCCUCCCGGGCGGGCGCCCCGGCUAGCGCCGCCGGCAUGCUGCGCCCGCUGCGCCCGCUGCUGCUGGCCGCGCUCUGCCUGGCCGCGCGCGCCUGCCAGCUGCCCUCCGAGUGGCGGCCGCUGAGCGAGAGCUGCCGCGCCGAGCUGGCCGAGACCAUCGUGUACGCCAAGGUGCUGGCGCUGCACCCCGAGGCGCCCGGCCUCUACAACCACCUGCCGUGGCAGUACCAGGCAGGCCAGGGCGGGCUCUUCUACGCGGCCGAGGUGGAGAUGCUGUGCGACCAGGCGUGGGGCAGCAUGCUGGAGGUGCCCGCCGGCUCCAGGCUCAACCUCACCGGCCUGGGCUACUUCUCGUGCCACUCGCACACCGUGGUGCAGGACUACUCCUAUUUCUUCUUCCUCAGGAUGGAUGAAAAUUAUAACCUCUUGCCUCACGGUGUCAAUUUCCAAGAUGCCAUCUUUCCAGACACUCAAGAAAACAGAAGAAUGUUUUCCAGCCUUUUCCAGUUUUCAAACUGUUCUCAAGGGCCGCCUCUUGGGCCUUUCUCCAGCGACUGGGAGAUCCAGGAAGACAGGCUCCUGUGCUCCUCGGUGCAGAGGGCCCUGUUCGAGGAGGAGGACCACGUGAAGAAGCUGCAGCAGAAGGUGGCCGCCCUGGAGAAGCGCAACCGGCAGCUCCGCGAGCGGGUGAAGAAGGUCAAGCGGUCCCUGCGGCAGGCGCGGAAGCACGGCCGCCACCUGGAGUUGGCGAACCGCAAGCUGGGCGAGAAGCUGGCGGCGGCCUCGCGGCCGCACCUCAACGCGCCGGGCCCCGAGCCCGCGCGCGCCCCCUACCUGCGCGGGUAGAGCGGGAGGCACCGCGCACCUGCCUGCCCCUGGCGGGCAGGCGGGCGACCACGCUGUCACCGUGCAGUUAGUAGAGUCCGAGUGGAUGCCAGGGCACGUCUUGCUUCCCGGUGGGGUGCUGACCCGUCUGGCUCAGCAUCAGACCCCACGCGCUGUCCUCCCACGCCUCGCCCCAGACACCGUGCCCGGGGGUCCCCAAGGGACUGUGGUCUGGCCUCUGCUCAGGGAGAGGCCAUUUCCGAAUGUCUGAGUAGAAAGACCUCCAGGGGCUCAGCCUUUAUUUCAGAAGAAAGGCAGGGUAGCUCUCAGCUCCAAGUCCUGGCACCUUCCGGGGCCUGUGUGUCCACAUCUUUGGAAGGAUGACGCCUGUUGACACGUGUAGGCAAUCCCCAGCCAGCCAGCAUUUCCUUCCCCGCCCAGGCAGGUUGCCAUCUAACACGCUCAUCACACCUGAAUUACAACACGCACGACCCAGAGUUCACGCUGCCAUCCAUGAGCGGGCAGUUGCCUUAGUGGGCCCCCGUGUUUCACCUGACCUCCCCAAAUUGGGAGGACCUGAGCAAUAUUCCCAUCCAUGCUGAAUUCCAACUUCCUGUUUGCUCAGUGAUCGUUUCUAAUGUCUCUGAAUUCUGCAAAGAUACCGCCUCACCUGUUGGGAUCAGGGGACCUGACCUGCUUCCUGUCCAGGUUGGCACAAGGCUUGUUCCAAGCAUCUCUGCUGCUUUAUGCACCCCCCAACCCUCCACGCACACACAGGCCUGUCUGUGCCCUGCCGGGAGUAUUUGCAUAGCAGGCACUAGUUACACCAGGUCCUUCCAUGUUCAAGGCACUCUCCCCUCUUACGGAAAGAAACCCAGUGAGGUAGUACCCAGUCCAGGGAGAGCAUUCGCUGUGUCUAUCCCUUGGGCCCAUGUGAUGGAGUCCCAGUGGUGAGAUUAAGAAGUUGGUGCGGGGCGGCGCCUGUGGCUCAGUGAGUAGGGCGCCGGCCCCAUAUGCCGAGGGUGGCGGGUUCAAACCCAGCCCCAGCCAAACUGCAACAAAAAAUAGCGGGGCGUUGUGGCGGGCGCCUGUAGUCCCAGCUGCUCGGGAGGCUGAGGCAAGAGAAUCGUGUAAGCCAAAGAGUUAGAGGUUGCUGUGAGCCAUGUGACGCCACGACACUCUACCCGAGGGCGGUACAGUGAGACUCUGUCUCUACAAAAAAAAAAAAAGUUGGUGCAGUGGCCUCUUGGUUAUCUGACAGUGGCCCUCCAGGCCAUCGAGGGCCUUCUCUCUGUUCUGUGGAUCUACCCCAAGAGACCACCCAGAUCCCUCAAGGCCUGAGAUGCUGUCCUCUCUAUUGCAAAUGGCAGGUACUGUCAGCUCUCCACUGGGAAGAUGACUCUUGUGUCACUGUGUCUUGGUAGCAGUCUGCUGCCCUGGCCCAGACAGAACGGGACCUUCUGCCCAGGGCCACUCACACUGCCAGGCUUCUGUCAUCACGUCGUUAGCUGUGUCCUUCAUAGUAUGGUAUGUGUACAAUAAGGGGUGCACCUUCUAGUUUAUUCUUUCCGAGGACAUUUCAUUAUAGCAGUUUUGCUCCCGCCCCAGGGAAUGGUAAGGCUGAGGUUUGUUGAUUUACAGCCGGAGCUUGGAGAACUGUGGAAGCUGGGUCUGUACAGAUGUAUUCUGUUCUGCUUUUCUAAUAAAUAUGAGCAGUGAUUUCAA